AAAGUUUUCAUCUCACGAUGCCUGAAAAAUUAAAUUAAGGAAAACCCAAAAAUGGCACCGCCUCAUCCGUCCACGUGAAGCAUCAAGAUCGAUGCAGUUGUCGAAUCACUGUCCCGCUUCCAAGUUAUUGCCUCGCCUUCUCAUAUCUUCCAUCCUCCCAGCCCCAUCCCCAUCGCCGAAACUCACAACUUUUUCUGUGGUUCUGCAGGCGUAAACUUGAACACACAUCCCAUCCAAUGGCAGAUUGGGGGCCGGUGAUUAUAGCGGUGGUGCUGUUCGUGCUCCUCAGUCCGGGGCUGCUGUUUCAGAUCCCAGCCAGAGGAAGGGUGGUUGAGUUUGGGAACAUGCAGACAAGCGGGGCUUCCAUUUUAGUCCACGCCAUCAUCUACUUCGGCCUCAUCACCAUCUUCCUCGUCGCCAUCGGCGUCCACAUCUGUAAACUUGAACACACAUCCCAUCCAAUGGCAGAUUGGGGGCCGGUGAUUAUAGCGGUGGUGCUGUUCGUGCUCCUCAGUCCGGGGCUGCUGUUUCAGAUCCCAGCCAGAGGAAGGGUGGUUGAGUUUGGGAACAUGCAGACAAGCGGGGCUUCCAUUUUAGUCCACGCCAUCAUCUACUUCGGCCUCAUCACCAUCUUCCUCGUCGCCAUCGGCGUCCACAUCUACACUGGCUAAAUCUCUGUUUUCCAUUUCAUCUCUCCGCUUAAAUUUAUGUCGCUAUUACUGUGUUUCUUUCUUAACUUCUCCAUUUUACGGAUUAUUGUUGUGAGACUUGUGCUAUUACUGUAUCAUUGGAGUUUCAGCGAUUACGGUGAAGAGUCUGUAAAUUUGGUUUGCUUUCGAAACGCGGUCCUUAAAUUCACUGCUUA